CCUCAUCGUCCCGUGAGCUUCCUCGUCAAGCUGUCAAGCAUUCAACAAAGUUGGGGGAUCUUCCAGGGAGCAUUUCCAUACCUUCGACUUAAUCGGAAAUCAAACCCACAAUGAUUCUGCGAGCCAGCUAAUCGGCGCAUUCGAUCAUCCUUUCGCAGAUCUCCGCCACCGCUAUCACGAUGGACGACUCUUUCAGCAGCCUCCCUAGCAGCCACCUGCUCGGUUCAGUUCCGGCUGUUAUCACUGAAGAAAAUAAUCAAAAUACAAACAGUAGACACAAUGUGCCUGAAGCAAACUUGCAGAUAUUUCCUCCAGAUAAUGGUGGGAAUGCUGGCCAGGGAUAUCAAAACAUUGGAGGUCCAAGUGGAGAUGAGCAACAAUCAACAAACAAGUGGAAAGGAGUGCUUAGCAUCUCAUCAUAUGCCCAAUAUUUUAAUGUUGAUACAGACAUAGUCUUGAACAGAUUGAUGAGCUCUUUAAAUCCUAUGAGUGGAGAUUUUUUCAGCAAAAUAGAUGCUAACCCUGAUCUUUAUGGGCUUAUCUGGAUCGCAACCACAUUGGUUUUUGUAAUUUCUUCCUUUGGAAACUGUGCAACAUAUGUAAUGCACAAAAGGAGUGAAACUAGUACUUCUUGGACCUUCGACGUCAGCUAUGUAAAUGUAGCAGCAAGCUCACUAUAUGGGUAUUCACUCAUUGUUCCACUGGGUUUUUACUUCUUGCUGCAGUAUCUUGGUUCAAACGCUAGCUUGAUACAGUUUUGGUGCUUGUGGGGAUAUUCCUUGUUCAUUUAUAUUCCAACUUCGUUUUUCUUGAUGAUCCCGGUGGAGUUUCUGAAGUGGCUCAUCAUCCUAGUCACUGGCGGUGUAUCGGCAGCCUUUGUUGCAUUAAAUCUCAAGAACCGCCACAUACAACAGACGAAUGAUCUUUCUCUUGUGCUGCUUGCUGCUUUUGUUCUCCAAAUGGGUCUGGCAAUCUUCAUCAAGAUGUGGUUCUUCCCCUAGCCCCCCCCCCCUUUUAUUUUUCCCAUCUUCAGUUCUUCAGCAGUAAGGUGUCCAUUUAUUGAAUAAUGAUAAUAAUAAUAGUAGUAGUAACCAUUAGAGGUGGGGUUGGAACUAUUUUCUUGUUUGCAUAGCUAUGGAUUCUUCACUUGGGAGUCUCAAUUGCUUGUUGAAGACGGUAUUUUCCUACACAUCUUAUUAAUUGUAAUAGUGUUUGCUACGAGGUCUAAACAAAGUGCUUGUCUAUUUCUUUUGUUUAUAUUUUCGUCACCACAAUCGUGACAAACUCGAUUGCAUUCGGAUUGUAUAUAAAAAAUGCUCAUAAUCUGA